AUGAGUGUGUCACUACGACGAUAUCGCCGGAAUCAAUCAUCGUCGGAAUCGCCGCCGCCAACGGAAUCGUUGACGCUAUGCACAUGUGCAUAUUUUGACAUCAUAGGUCUAACAGAAUUGGCUAUUAAGAUGACAUUGAAUAAGGUUGGUAAGGUAUUUAACGUUUAUCCACAUGUUCAUUGUAGAUCAUCAAUGGAAAAAAAAUCGAAAAAAGUAACAUUUGUAUUAAAGUCAAGGGAUGAAGGGUCAUUAACAAUGUCGGACGCAACGGACGCAAAGGAAGACGAAUAUGUGAAUGUUAAACAAAAAGAUGUAGAUAUAGGAAAAGACAUGCAAAGGAGGACAAGUAAAUAUGCAGAUGUGACACCUAACCUGUAUGGAAACCUAGUUGCAAACACUGCUGCUGGUAUUGCUGGCGGUAACGUUGGGACGGAGUACACGAUCUUUGAGCAAGGUGCAUCAGCCGGGAAUGUUGGGAAACCAUCAAUGGUUGAGAAAAAGAGAGCAAACCCAGUGGCUCUGCUUCUUUCAUCAGCCAUGAUGCUAAGACAUCUUCAGCUUCCUGAUUAUGCAGAUCGUUUAUAA